UCUAAAAAUCUAAACAUCCCCUGAAACUCCAAAAUCUGAGUGGUUUCUGAAAAACCAAAGAAAAACUACGAAAGAAAAAAUGAAAAGAAAACAAAUAAUGCCAACCAGUUCAGCCAUGAUCAUCACGAACUGCUCUCCUUCCAAGGGGAGACUUCAUCAGGUCACCGGGAUCGGCUUAGGAUCAAUCCGGUUGUGCCUAGCAUUACUCUGUCUUGGGAUUUAUCAUUUAUGUUUCUUCCAUAGCUUUGGCCCAGCUGAUGCCGUUCUAGAGACUUGAACUUUAGACCGGCCACGAGUUUUGGUAGUUGGUAGUCCCAAGAAAAGGAAAGCAAGAUCGAUAACUAAAGUUGAGAAUUAUAAAUCAACCGAAGAGCAAGCUAAAGAAAUUCAAUCCAGUUUAGACCCAACAUGCCCGAGCUUUAUUAAGCUUAUGCUCCGGUCACAUGUUUCUGGGUGUUUUUGGCUGGGACUUCCUUCAAAAUUUUGUUUAUCGAGUCUACCAAAAAAUGACACCCUAUUUACCUUGGUGGAUGAGGAUGGGGAAGAAUACACUGCAAACUACCUUCCUCGGAAGUGGGGGCUUAGUGGUGGAUGGAGAGCGUUUUCCAUUGCACACAAGUUAGUCGCGGGAGAUGCGCUGGUUUUCCACUUAGUCAAGGUUUCCAUAUUCAAGGUCUACAUAGUACGAACACACACGUUGGCUGAAGUUGAUGCUGCUCUUGACAUUCUAACAUUGGAAUCAAAUACGGAAGGAAGUGAGACAGGUGGCAAAGAUAUGAAGAAAAGCAAAAAACGUGCACAAAAACUUGUUCAUUUCCGUUCUCCAGUCGUUCUUAGCGAGGACCAAAAUGUUAAACUACCCUUAGCAGGUUCAGAUCAGCCUGAAGACCAUACUAGUGAAGAGGUAAUAGAUUCAGAAGUUCCAGAAGGCAUACAACAUUUAGGCUCUGUUGUCGAGUCUCGAGAAAUUAAGAAUUUUGAGAGUUUCGUCAUAAGUGUGAACAAUUUGACAAUAGAUUCCGAGAUACCUGAGCAUGUUCGAGCUAAAUAUUAUGAACUUUGCCGCAGCCAGAAUACUUUCCUUCAUGAAAAUCUUAUGGUCGGUUUGAACCCUAAGCUUGUUGCAGGAAUGAUUUCUGAGAUAGUAAAUUUAGCAGAUGCCGUAAGAGCUUCCAAGCAUAGCACUCGUAGGGAAGAAUUUGAAGCAUGGGAGAACAGUCUGAAAGCAUUUAAGCAACUUGGCAUGAACGUGGCAUUCUUGCUUUCUCGGCUUAGCAAACUUCUGAAACUACUUUCUGAAUCAGAAGAAGCAUUCGACUUGAAGAGGUACAACGAAGCCAUGAAUGGGAAGAAUCGUGUCAAAGGGGAGACAACAACUCUUGAAAUGCAAAUUCUUGAACUAAAGAAUGACUCCACAAGAUUAGAUACAGAGAUCAAGACUCUGAAACUGCAGGCCGAGAAGCAUGAAUCGACUUUUAAGAGUGAGGUUAGUUAUCCUUGGUGAUUUCAUUGGCCGAUGAUGUCAGUAUUUUGGUCUUUAGUUAUGGUUAACUUACAGAGAGUGAUAAACUUCAUCAGUCUCCUUUGAAUAGGACACACAGGUAUGCCUUUUUGUAAUUUUUGUGGUACGCAUACCAAGAAAUAACCCUCUAAUGUUUUAGAAAAUAUGAUGUAUGUAUAGUCCUGUUUUAAACGCUAGUAUUAACUGCGAACUUCAGAACUAUCGGCUAACCUAAUAUUCUGCUUUGUAGACUACAAUGUUAUAUAUUAGUACUGGUGGUCUUAUUUUA